AGUUGACGGUUGUCAUGGCGGCGGCUGCAACAGCGGAUUCGCUGUGGGAGGACCGAGAUGUUCGCUUUGAUAUCUCUUCGCAGCAAAUGAAAAUGAGACUGGGAGAGAUCCUCAUUGAUUGUUUGGAGCCUAUUGAAGAUACCAAAGGAAACAAUGGAGAGAAAGGCAGACUCUUAGUAACAAACUUAAGAAUUAUUUGGCAUUCUGUUGUAUUGCCUAGAGUCAAUCUCUCUGUUGGCUACAAUUGCUUUGUGAAUACAACAACAAGAACGGCUAACUCGAAAUUAAGAGGCCAGACAGAAGCACUUUAUAUCUUAACCAAAUGCAAUAACACACGUUUUGAAUUCAUAUUUACAAAUGUGGUUCCUGGAAGCCCCAGACUUUUCGCUUCUGUUAUUGCUGUUCACAGAGCUUAUGAAACAUCGAAAAUGUACCGUGAGCUUAAAUUGAGAUGUGCGUUGAUUCAAAACAAACAACUGAGAUUGUUACCAAAAGAACAAGUAUAUGACAAAAUAAAUGGCGUUUGGAACUUAUCUAGUGACCAGGGAAAUCUGGGUACCUUUUUUAUUACAAAUGUAAGAGUAGUUUGGCAUGCUAAUAUGAAUGAUAGCUUUAAUGUCAGUAUACCAUAUCUACAAAUUCGUUCUAUAAAGAUUAGAGAUUCGAAAUUUGGCUUGGCACUUGUCAUUGAAAGCUCUCAGGCGACUGGAGGAUAUGUGCUUGGAUUUAAGAUUGACCCAGCUGAAAAACUGGAGGAAACUGCCAAAGAAAUAAAUUCAUUGCAUAAAGUAUUUUCAGUCAGUCCUAUAUUUGGAGUAGACUAUGAAAUGGAAGAAAAGCCUCAACAGCUAGAAGAUCUGACAGUGGAACAAGUACAGGAGGAUGUAGAAAUAGAGGCAAAUGAGCAGACAGAUGCUUUUGUGGCUUAUUUUGCUGAUGGAAACAAGCAACAAGACCGUGAGCCUGUUUUUUCUGAAGAGCUAGGACUCGCCAUAGAGAAACUAAAAGAUGGAUUCACGCUGCAAGGACUCUGGGAAGUAUUGGGUUGAUAUUCAUCUUAAAAACAUUGAAUAAUGAACUAAAUAUAUUUUGACUCUAAAAGUCAUGCUGCAGUCUUUUUUAAUCAAUCAAGCUAUAGCUACCUCUUUUAUGUAGACUGCAAGAAAAAAUAAUGUUCCUGUAUAGUUUUCACAUAAUAAUUUCUUGUAUUUAUAAGAUAUUUAAGCUCUGCUUUGUAUUUUUAUACAGUGCUUCAAUUGCUUGUGUUUAAAAUCCAUUAUGUAUUGUUCAUGUAUGACUGUAAAUAAAACUGAUACUUCAA